UCGCUUGUCCGCAGUCCAGGAGAGAUGAGCGAGGAGGGAUCGACACUCUUCACUAAAUUCUCCAGAGUUUGUUGUUAACAUGUUCAAACCUCCCCUCGGGGCGUCCACCGUCAUCUCGAUGGACCAAAACAUCUUUCGUUGAAGUUUCGUGCCUGAUUAAAGUAGUCUCGGUGGACAUUGGUGUUUCUCGGCCUAGUUUAGCUUUGUGUGAACAAUGUGCUCAAGGACAUCAGAAUACGAGGAGGAACUUUGUGGAGAAAAAGAGGACCACAAGGGACAACGUCAACCGCUGGACGCCAUUGGCAGGAUGCAGCCAAGAGUUCUUCACAGAUUAGACAUCAGCAAAGAUGUUUGUCCUGAGCGGCUGGGUGCUGAGCCUUCUCACAUUAAAGAGGAAGAGGAGAAAAAAGAGGUAUCCUACUUGAAAGAGCAACAGGAGCAGCAGGCCCAUUAUAUUAAAGAGGAGGAGCUCGAGUACCCUUGCACAAAAGCGGAGGUGGAGGAGCCUAGAGACAUCAGCAAAGAUGUUUGUCCUGAGCGGCUGGAUGCAGACUCUUCUCACAUUAAAGAGAAGGAGGAGAAAAAAGAGAUCUCCCACUUAAAAGAGGAGGUGGAGCAGCAGGCCCAAUAUAUUAAAGAGCAGGAGCUACAGAACCGUUGCACGAAAGUGGAGGUGGAUGAUCCCCCUGACAUCAAAGAAGAGGACGAUGAGGAGGUUAUCUGCAAGGUGCCAUUUACUGGUGUCCUUCAGAAGACUAUAAAUAAGGCAGACAGAGAGGCUCCAAGCACCACCUCAUGUCAACACAUGACAACAAAAGGUGUUGGAAACCACCAGGAAGAAUCAAAAGUAAAUGGCAUCUUAGCUCCACGAUCAGAAAGUGACAACACGUCAUUAAAUGCAGAUGAGGAUGAGGAGGAUGAAGAUGACUCUGAAGGUGAUCUGACAUGUAACGCAGAUGACAAACCCUGGAAAUGUUCUCACUGUGGGAAAAUGUAUGCUUAUAAAAGUGCUUUGGAAUUCCACAUCAGAACACAUACUGGUGCAAAACCGUUCACCUGUUCAAACUGUGGCCAGAAAUUCUCUUGUAAGGCAAGCUUAGAAAGUCACAAAAGAACCCACACUGGUGAGAAACCUUUUGCUUGCACAGUUUGUGGGCAAAGAUUUUCUGAGAAAAGACACUUAACAAACCACGUAAGAACCCACACUGGUGAGAAACCUUUUGCCUGCGCAGUUUGUGGCCAAAGAUUUACUAAGAAGGCAAGCUUUAAAAUACACACAAGAAUACACACUGGUGAGAAACCUUUUGCCUGCGCAGUUUGUGGCCAAACAUUCUCUCAAAAGGGAAACUUAAAAAAACACACAAGAACCCACACUGGUGAGAAACGUUUUGCUUGCACAGUUUGUGGGCAAAGAUUUUCUGAGAAGAGAGACUUAACAAACCACAUAAGAACCCACACUGGUGAGAAACCUUUUGCCUGCGCAGUUUGUGGCCAAACAUUCUCUCAGAAGGGAAACUUAAAAAAACACACAAGAACCCACACUGGUGAGAAACCUUUUGGCUGCGCAGUUUGUGGCCAAAAAUUCUCUUGUAAGGGAUACUUAAAAAAUCACACAAGAACCCACACUAGUGAGAAACCUUUUGCCUGCGCAGUUUGUGGCCAAAGAUUCUCAUGGAAGCAUCAGAUUAAGAAUCACAAGUGCGAUGAUGAGACAAGCAGUCAUCAUUGAAGUUUUCACUUCUCA